GGCAUGCAAAUGCAAACCCAAAAACGGACCCUGAGGUUUUACAAACAAAAACACUUUAUACCCUUCUCUUCUAGGGUUUUAAGUUUAGGGUUUCAUUUCACUCUCACUCUCUCUCUCUCUCUGUCUCUCUGUAUUCCCAAAUUGCAGCCAUGGAUAGGUACCAGAAGGUCGAGAAACCCAAGCCGGAGUCCCCAAUCAACGAGAACGAGAUCCGAAUCACCACCCAAGGCGCCAUUCGCAACUACAUCACCUACGCCACUUCUCUUCUUCAGGAAAAGAAUGCAAGAGAGAUUGUCUUGAAGGCCAUGGGGCAAGCAAUCAGCAAGACAGUUGCCAUUGCAGAGAUUUUGAAGAAAAGGAUUCCCCAGCUGCACCAAGAUACUGCCAUCAGUUCAGUUAGCAUAACAGACGUGUGGGAGCCGAUUGAAGAGGGUCUUGUACCUGUGGAAAUGACCCGACAUGUGUCUAUGAUCUCAAUCACCUUGUCAGCUAGUGAAUUAAACAAGAGCUCUCCUGGGUAUCAAGCUCCGUAUGAUGUGGAACAACCAAAGCAACUCUCCACUUAUCAGCAGCAACCUAUAAAACCAGCACGGGGCCCUUAUAAUGCUAUAAAUGAAGACUCAUAUGGUCGAGGCCGUGGUCGUGGUCGGGGGAGAGGGAGAGGAAGGAAUUGGGGAAGGGGUGGUUACGGCUAUCAGGGUGGUUAUGGAAAUUAUCAAGGUGGAUAUGGGUAUCAUCAGGGUGGAUAUGGAAAUUAUCAAGAUAAUGGUGGAUAUUCAAAUCGGGGCCGAGGUGGUGGGCGAGGCAGAGGUUGGGGAUAUCGUGGUACUGGUUAUGAAGGUGGCAGAGGUGGAAGAGGAUCAGGUUAUGAAGGUGGCAGAGGUGGAGGAGGUGGUGGUUAUGAAGGAGGCAGAGGUGGAGGAGGUGGUGGUUAUGAAGGAGGCAGAGGUGGAGGAGGAGGUGGUUAUGAAGGAGCCAGAGGAGGCGGUUAUGAAGGAGCCAGGGGUGGAGGUUAUGAAGGAGCCAGAGGAGGCGGUUAUGAAGGAGCCAGAGGAGGCGGUUAUGAAGGAGCCAGGGGUGGUGGUUAUGAAGGUGGAAGAGGUGGUGGUUAUGAAGGUGGAAGAGGUGGUGGGUAUGAAGGUGGAAGAGGCGGUGGUUAUGAAGGAGGAAGAGGCGGUGGUUAUGAAGGUGGAAGAGGCGGUGGUUAUGGAGGAGGAAGAGGCGGUGGUUAUGAAGGAGGAAGAGGCGGUGGUUAUGAAGGAGGAAGAGGUGGUGGUUAUGAAGGAGGAAGAGGUGGUGGUUAUGAAAGAGGCAGAGGUGGAGGCAGGGGAUAUGGCCGUGCUAGGGGGGGACGAAUGGGAGGACGUGCUAGGGGUGGUGGUGGCGACUAGGCAUCAAUAGAUGUUUUUUGUCGUUCUUCCCAAAUGCUUACAGUGCGGUUAAUGUGAUUAGAAUACUGUGUUGAUAGUGUGACGUGGCCCAUGAUCCAGCAUUAUUAUGCAGUAUUUUGUUUUUUUUCCAGAAAUUGAUAUGGGCAAGGUUUUGUUCAUCUUUAGAUUUAGCUGGAAAUCAUCUUGGUUUUAUGAUUGCAGUAAUUCAUUUAAACUUUGAUGGUUGUCAACACCAUAUUUUGAUCUGUAUCUGGUUUCCAAUAUGGUUUUCGUUUUGAUCAAAGUAGCUUUUCUGUUAA